CACAUUCAUGUAAUCAGUUCAUCGCAUGCAGCUAUUUUCUGCAUUCUCCUUUGUGUAGUGCAAUUUUUUCCUCAAAUUUGUACAAAAUUUGAGUGCUUUCCAGCAUCAAAUGUAAAUGUAACGCAACACAAUGUACCAUGUUUGUCGAUCGAAUUGGCGAGCGCCGCAAAUUUCCACAUUUAAAGUGCUCUGUGACCUGCUGAAGCGAAACGUCCUCCGUGCUCCGUUGGCGAAAUGUGGUUUCACGGUGCGAUCCGCCAGUGGCAACGCUCACACAUUCGAAUCGAUGAUGGCCAAUCGUCGUGCCGAAGCUCGCCGUAGCAUUCUGGUUCAAGUUAGCUCGGAGCGAUCCUUCCCAGAGCUUGCCAAGUAUUGUUCGCAGUUCGGAACGAUAUCCAGCUCACAUCACUACCGAGUUGGAGCCAGCGCAGGGUUCGGAGAUGACGAAGGAGAUUAUCACUAUAUUGUGGUAGAAUUCAGCGAAUCAGAAGCAGCGGAUGCCGCAAUUCGAUCGGCGGUUUUCAAUGAAGAAAAGCCCGGAGUGAGGGCAAGAUCGAUCUUCCUAUGGUUUAGGGCUGGACCUAGACCGAAGUUAGCGGUCAAAGAUACCAAAGGGAAAGAGGAUUCAAAGGACAAAUUGAGUAGCGUGGAAGGUUCCAGGAUUGUUGACGAUGAUGAACUGAAGGAACUGCUGAUGUCGGCUGAGAACGUUGAAGAUCAGGUCGAAAUUCUGCACGGAGCGACGUGCUUGAAUGACAUUGGCAAAAGGUUACGAUUUUUGGCGGUGAGACAGAUGGAGUCUUCACUGCAGGGUAUGUUUCCGCAGGCGGUGGCGUAUCCAUUUGGAUCAUCUGUGAAUGGCUACGGUAAGAUGGGAUGCGAUUUGGAUUUGAUUUUAGAUCUUGAUUCGGAGGCCGGAGCUAAACAGGAUCCAGAAUCAAGAUUGGUUUUCCAUACGAAGGCAACGAAUCCAAACGAGAGGUCACAAAUCCAGCGGCAAUUGGAAUCGAUCGGAGAUGUCUUACAGUUGUUCCUUCCAGGGGUGAACUGUGUCCGUAGGAUAUUGAAAGCGCGUGUCCCAAUCAUCAAGUACCAUCACGAGCACCUGGAUCUGGAAAUCGAUCUAACAAUGAACAACAUGACCGGUGUCUACAUGUCGGAGCUGCUCUACCUCUUUGGACAAAUAGAUCAGCGCGUUCAACCGUUAACUUUUUGUGUUCGAAAGUGGGCACAAGCCGUUGGCCUUACGAACCAUACUCCCGGGUAUUGGAUAUCCAAUUUCUCGCUUACAAUGUUAGUGAUGUACUUUUUACAACAGCUCAAAGAACCUAUUCUGCCACCGAUUAACAAGCUGACACAAAAAGCAACCCAAUCUGACCUGAGGGUCACUGAAAAUCAGGUAACUUGUUCCUUCCUACGGGACAUUAGUAAACUCGAUUUCAAGAGCACAAACACGUCGUCCCUAGAUGAAUUACUCUUACAAUUCUUCGACUUUUACUCGCACUUUGAUUUCAACCAACGGGCCAUCAGUUUGAACGUGGGAUCAUCGAUUCUGAAGCCUGACCAUAGUCCAAUGUAUAUCAUAAAUCCGUUGGAAACGGUUCUGAACGUUAGUAAAAACGUAAAUCUCGAAGAAACGGAACUGUUCCGCAUCCAGGUGAGAAACGCCCUUUGGUUGCUGGAUACACACGACAAGUCUACCGUAACUGGUGGAAGCGAAUGGGGGCUGGUCAGUUUAUUCGGAAACAAGAUAAAGGAACGAAUCACACCGCAGAUGUUCUUCACCAAACGGUUGGUGAACGUGAAAGACAUCUUCGACGAUGUGGCAAACGAAAACGUAGAGUACAAGAACAAAGCUGUGCGAAAUCAGGUAUCCAACAUUCAGAAAGUGACCCGAGAGGAAAUAAACAAACUAACCGGUACGGGUAGCGGCGGAGGGAUCAAGCUGAAAAGGAACGCCAAACGGAGGUGACCAAAGGGGUGGAAAGGUGACACUAGUCUCUGAUGCGAAACUUGUGACAAGUUGUUCAUUUAGUAGGAGUUAGACAAUAUAUGAAA